AUGCCGAAUUUAAUCCUGGCAUUAGAAUUACCCGGAGUACAGGCUUGGUAUGGUUCACAAGGUCAAGACGAGACCUUAGAUCCGUUGGAAUGGGGGUGGGAAUUGGUGGCUGGAGAGCUCAGUCCUCUCAGCAUAACCCGGGAAGCCGGUCCCGAGGAAAUUUUAAACAAAAUUUCUUGUUCUUGUGAAACCGACUGUGGCACGAGGUGUGGGUGCCGCCGAAGUGGGUUGGAGUACUCACUUGCAUGCAAGCAUUGCGAUGGCAAUUGCUCAAACCAAAAAGGCGCUUCCAUCGGGGCCGAGAAUAGUGACGAGGAAGAAGAUGAAGAAGGUGAAGAAAAUGAAGUAGGGAAAGAAGAAGAAGAAGAAGAAAAUGAAGUAGGGAAAGAAGAAGAAGAAGAAGAAGAAGAAGAGUUUGAACAAGAUGUUUAG